AUGUUUUCUCCCGACGCACUAUACCAGGCAUUAGAGUUUUGCCUCCGUCCGGAUGUUCAAGAAUCAACUCGUGCUGUUCAGAAGCAGGUCCAUAAUGAAUCAGGUCUUGAGAGCGCCAUUAAAGCCUUUUAUCGUUGGUUACCACCGCAGGUCCAAAAAUGCGACAUCACGAACCAGAACUUAGCUAUGUAUCAGAUCUGGAAUAAGCCAUCAAUGAGGAUCUCCCCCGAAGUAGCAGCAGUUCUGCUGGAAGAGCAGCUCAUAAAACAAACCGAUAUUGUGCUAAUUACCCGCCAAGUUUACAAUAUCCAAUGCGAAAGCUCAAGACCUAUCGAAGGUAUCGCAAGGGAUCAUUGGAAAAGAGUCACUAUUGCUGCAAAGAGCAUCGUUACGGCCUCGGAUCUGGUCAGCAUGCUGCCCGGGAUGCAACGAAAGAGCGACGACAGCAGUGUAGAGAAACCAAAAAGAAAAAAUCUGACCAAAGACGUUGGUAUCGAUGCUGCAAGGUUCUUUUGGAACAUUGCUCUGCUUCCCUUCACUAGGGUCCGGGGAAGUAAGACACGGGAUGAAGAGAGCGCUGCAACCGAUAUAGUAGCAUCUUAUGACGAGUCCGAGCUCCCGCAGAGCGACAGCGCUCGCAUUAAUGAAACGCGCCAACGCCCAUCCAUGAUGCAGGAUUCUGGUAUAAUACACCGCGCUACAGGACUGAGGAAGCAGUCUAAUUUAAAUGCAAGCGAUUUCUCCACGGGUGAGGAAAUCAAGAGACAUACGUACAUGUGCCCGAGCGAUGCUGACAGACAACAGAACCAAACACAGAGAAUAAACGCAAGGAGUUACCUUCAUCUGUUCAAACCAGUCGAAUUCAAGCGAGGGAUGAAGAGCAUGCGGAAGCUAUCUGUCGCAGACACCUUGAUCGUGGGUUCAGGAGUCCGAGGCUCAAGUGUCCGGACUUCAGGAAGCUGGUGA